AUGAAUAGACUUACUAACGAGCAACGCUUGCAAAUCAUUGAAUUUUAUUACCAAAAUCAGUGUUCGGUUCGAAAUGUGUUUCGCGCUUUACGUCCGAUUUAUGGUCUACAUAAUCGACCAAGUGAGCAAACAAUUAAUGCGAUUGUGACCAAGUUUCGCACUCAGUUUACUUUAUUGGACAUUAAACCAACCACACGAAUGCGUACAGUGCGUACAGAAGAGAAUAAUGCGUCUGUUUCUGAGAGUGUGGCUGAAGACCGUGAAAUGUCGAUUCGUCGCCGUUCGCAGCAAUUGGGUUUGUGUUAUUCGACCACAUGGAAGAUUUUACGCAAAGAUCUUGGUGUAAAACCGUAUAAAAUACAGCUCGUGCAAGAACUGAAGCCGAACGAUCUGCCACAACGUCGAAUUUUCAGUGAAUGGGCCCUAGAAAAGUUGGCAGAAAAUCCGCUUUUUUAUCGACAAAUUUUGUUCAGCGAUGAGGCUCAUUUCUGGUUGAAUGGCUACGUAAAUAAGCAAAAUUGCCGCAUUUGGGGUGAAGAGCAACCAGAAGCCGUUCAAGAACUGCCCAUGCAUCCCGAAAAAUGCACUGUUUGGUGUGGUUUGUACGCUGGUGGAAUCAUUGGACCGUAUUUUUUCAAAGAUGCUGUUGGACGCAACGUUACGGUGAAUGGCGAUCGCUAUCGUUCGAUGCUAACAAACUUUUUGUUGCCAAAAAUGGAAGAACUGAACUUGGUUGACAUGUGGUUUCAACAAGAUGGCGCUACAUGCCACACAGCUCGCGAUUCUAUGGCCAUUUUGAAGGAAAACUUCGGACAACAAUUCAUCUCAAGAAAUGGACCCGUAAGUUGGCCACCAAGAUCAUGCGAUUUAACGCCUUUAGACUAUUUUUUGUGGGGCUACGUCAAGUCUAAAGUCUACAGAAAUAAGCCAGCAACUAUUCCAGCUUUGGAAGACAACAUUUCCGAAGAAAUUCGGGCUAUUCCGGCCGAAAUGCUCGAAAAAGUUGCCCAAAAUUGGACUUUCCGAAUGGACCACCUAAGACGCAGCCGCGGUCAACAUUUAAAUGAAAUUAUCUUCAAAAAGUAAAUGUCAUGAACCAAUCUAACGUUUCAAAUAAAGAACCGAUGAGAUUUUGCAAAUUUUAUGCGUUUUUUUUUUAAAAAAAUUAUCAAGCUCUUAAAAAAUCCCCCUUUACAACACGUAAUUUGGUUGUUGUGCUCUCGGGCCUUAAAACGCAUUGAUGCGGAAUGAAGUAGUGUGGCUCACUCGGGAUCUUAUUGUUCGUUGGGCUCAUGUGACCCAAUGCUUUAUAUUCAUUCAUAAAGUUUAGAUACAUUUUACGAAGUUCUGGAUCUUUUAAUGUCCUUCUCUCCAGGGCCUGAAACCGCCGAACUGCGGUUUCAUAGGAGUGACCGAGUAACUUACGGUCUUUAAAAGGCAUUCUGACUUGACGCCGUCCUGAAGGCAAUACUUGAGUGGUAUUUACGAAAAAGUUUUCACACUCUUGUUGUUCUUGUGUGAAUUUAAUGCCAAUUGAAUCUGAAGGUAAUUCUUCUAACGCCCAAAAUUUUUGGACCACCGAAUUAAUUGACGUUAAGUCAUUUUCAGAUUGGCAUAAUGUGCUAGUUGCAGAAGGAGGAGGACUUAGAUUGCUGACGUAUUUGCCAGAUACAACCCACCCUAAAAGGGUUUUCUGUAAUGUUGGUUGAUUAGGACCAUUUUUAGUUUGGCCGACAGCUAGAAGAUCGAAAAAUAUUUCUGCACCCAAUAAGAUGUCAACUUUUUUACAUUUCUGGAAGUCUGGAUCCGCCAAUUCAAUAUUGUGCGGAAUUUUCCAGCCAUUAAUAUUGAUAUUAUGGUCUGGAUGAUUUGCCGAAAUACUUCGCAUUAUCCAGAAUUCCGCCGAAAUUUCGUAAUUAUUUACCCGCGACUUAACAAACGCGCUUAGUUUACUAUUACACUUAAUGUUUUGUGCUGACGUCGAAUCCGCAACUUUUGUGCCAAGUCCUCCGUCAUAAAGUUGACCUGGGAGCCUGAGUCCUGUAAGGCUCUCGCAGGCUGGUAAUCUCCGCAGCUGGUCCUCACUAGAAUUACUGCUGUUGCCAACAUGACCCGAUCCGGCAUACUGGCUGUAUGCAUGGCAUUUGUGGUUGAUGGUUGCGGAUGAGGUACAGCAGGGAA